AUGAAGGAUCAUGAUUUAGCUGCAAAAGCCGCUAGGCAUAGGAACCGUGGCAAAUUGCAAAAGGUUUUAGAAACAGGCGCACUUGUGUUCUCUUGGAUAGUUAUGGGUAUGUAUGCUGAAGUGUCUGGACCAACCCUCAUUGACUUAAAAUACAGAUUGAACACUGGGUACGAGGAGCUUGCUGCGGCACUCUCUGCAAGGGGCUUCGCUGGAACCCGCAUCUCGUUGAAUAUUUGGAAGGAUAAAUCCGCUUCACCAUUAAUACUGGUACACCUUGGAUAUGGACUUGGGUCUUUCCUGACCCCACUAUACUCGGAUCCUUUUCUUGGAGAAAUGAUUCAAAAUAAUCCGGGUCUGAAUGUCACUUUAGGAAGUAUCAACAACACUAGAAUAACAACUAAUUCCUCCGAACGUUCAGAAGAGACAUAUUAUAUUACAAAUUCAAAAAUUGAAUACGCAUAUGCAAUUUCAGGAACUGCAACAGCAAGCCUGUCCGUUGCGUACUUUGUAUUUCAAAUGAUCGAGAAUAAAUUUAUCAAAAGAGCUAAACAAGCAAAUAUUGUACAAAAUGCAGAAGUUGAAAAUGAACUUCGCAAUGAAACAGCAGUUAGAAAAGAGAAGGAAAUAACAGCAGACAAAGAGUCAGAACUGAUAGUGAAAAUAAAGGAUGGAAAUAAAUUGAAAAAAAUGCUUCAGAUAAUAAACCCAGCAUCAUGUGCCAAAGGCAGAUUUUGGUACGGGUUUAGUAUAUUAUCCUUAAUGUUUUUCCAUUUUGGAAAUGCUGGUGGCGGACAAUAUAUUACAUCUCAGUUUGUGAGGAGUUUUUCUAUAGAUCAGCUAAAGUUCUCCUCGACAGAUGGUACGAUGAUAAACACAAGCUAUUGGAUAAGCUUUUCCUCAGGUCGCUUUCUGUUCUUCAUAUUUGCAAAAUGGGUAUCUGUUAAAGUUCUUAUUUUCGUCGAAACGUUCGGCGCUAUGUGUUCUGCGGUGGUCAUGGCUAUAUUUGCGGAUAAUAAUUCGAUUGCACUUUGGGUUCUUAUUCAACCACUUGCGUUUUUUUGGGGACCGCUAUGGCCAACCGGUGUUGCAUGGAAAGAUUAUCAUAUAGAAUUGACUGGUAUGGGAAUGGCAUCCCAAUUGCUUGGACAUUCUGUUUUAAGUAUUGUCUAUAUGCGGUUAAUUGGAUACCUGUACGAUAAUAUUGGACCGGUGACAUACUUGUAUCAUGUUGCGGGAAGUACUGUAUUUGGGUUCUUACUGGCUGUAGCGUUAGACAUAAUUGGUGCAAGACACGGAAAUAGGUUUGCUCCUGAUAAAACGGAUUGUAAAGACGAGCAAAUUGAAAGUAAAGACGAAUCAGCUUUCAAGAGUAUAACAACUGACACAAAGUUCUAG